AAGUUGAUUGAGAACUGCAUUGAAUUGAUUCAAAAGGAAGGGGAAACUACGGAAAGGACAGUCCCCUCCCUACGCUUCUUCGCCAUUUCUGACUCAAAUUCAUUUUCUGUAAAAACACCUGUUAGGGCGGGAACCUCUCCCUCUGCAAAAAUGCCCGAAGCGAAUAUGAAUCUGCGCAAGGGCUCCAAGGUCUGGGCGGAGGACAGGAAUUUGGCCUGGGUUGCCGCUGAAGUGAACGAUUUUGUGGGCAAGCAAGUUCAGGUCAUCACCUCCACCGGUAAAAAGGUCUUAAUCAUCCCCGAGAAGUUGCAUCUACGGGAUGCAGACGACGACGAUCAUGGAGGGGUGGAUGACAUGACUAAGUUGACCUACUUGAAUGAGCCUGGAGUGCUUUACAAUCUUGAGAGAAGAUAUGCUCUGAAUGAAAUCUAUACAUACACAGGAAGCAUUUUGAUAGCUGUCAAUCCAUUCACAAAGCUUCCUCAUCUUUACAAUGUCCACAUGAUGGAGCAAUAUAAGGGAGCUCCAUUUGGUGAGCUAAGUCCUCAUGUCUUUGCAGUGGCUGAUGCAUCAUAUAGAGCUAUGGUGAAUGAGCAUAAGAGCCAGUCUAUUCUAGUUAGUGGAGAAAGUGGGGCUGGAAAAACUGAGACGACGAAGCUAAUCAUGCAGUAUCUCACUUAUGUUGGAGGCCGCACAGUGGGAGAUGACCGAACAGUUGAGCAGCAAGUCCUUGAGUCAAAUCCACUUUUGGAGGCAUUUGGUAAUGCAAGGACUGUCAGAAAUGAUAACUCAAGUCGUUUCGGCAAGUUUGUUGAGAUUCAAUUCGACACAAAUGGUAGAAUAUCUGGCGCUGCAAUUAGGACUUACCUUCUAGAACGAUCCCGUGUUGUUCAGAUAACUGAUCCUGAGAGGAACUAUCACUGCUUUUAUCAGUUAUGUGCAUCUGGCGGGGAUGCUGAAAAAUACAAGUUAGAACAUCCGAGCCACUUUCACUACUUAAAUCAAAGUAAGACUUAUGAAUUAGAUGGAAUCAGCAAUGCUGAAGAGUAUGUGAAAACAAGGAGGGCGAUGGAUAUCGUGGGCAUAAGUUCUGAAGACCAGGAGGCAAUAUUUCGAAUACUUGCAGCCAUACUGCAUUUGGGAAACAUAGAAUUUUCCCCAGGCAAAGAGCAUGACUCUUCGGUUAUAAAGGAUCAGAAAUCAAGCUUUCAUUUGCAAAUAGCUGCUGAUUUAUUCAUGUGUGAUGUGAAACUGUUGUUAGCAAUUCUUUGCACUCGUUCCAUUCAGACUCGUGAAGGAAAUAUUGUGAAAGCCCUUGAUUGUAAUGCUGCUGCUGCUAGUCGAGACGCAUUAGCGAAGACUGUCUACUCCCGGCUAUUUGAUUGGUUAGUUGAUAAGAUCAACAAGUCAGUUGGACAAGACCAAAACUCCGAUAUACAGAUUGGAGUUCUAGAUAUUUAUGGAUUUGAAUGCUUUGAUAGCAACAGUUUUGAGCAAUUCUGUAUCAACUUUGCAAACGAAAAGCUUCAGCAGCAUUUUAAUGAGCAUGUAUUCAAGAUGGAGCAGGAAGAGUAUCACAGAGAGGAAAUCAACUGGAGCUAUAUUGAUUUUGUAGACAAUCAAGAUGUUCUAGAUUUGAUUGAGAAGAAACCAAUUGGGAUUAUUCCUCUCUUGGAUGAAGCUUGCAUGUUCCCAAGAUCUACUCAUCAAACUUUCUCAACCAAACUAUUUCAGCACUUCCAAUCACAUCCCAGGUUGGAAAAACCUAAAUUUUCGCAGACAGAUUUCACAAUUUCCCACUAUGCUGGAAAGGUUACGUACAAGACAGAGACUUUUCUAGACAAAAAUCGUGACUACGUUGUGGUAGAGCACUGCAAUUUAAUGUCAUCUUCCAGAUGCAGUUUGGUGGCUGGUCUUUUCUCUUCAAUGCCGGAGGAAUCUGCAAGAUCAUCUUAUAAAUUUUCUUCAGUUUCCUCAAGAUUUAAGCAACAACUUCAAGCUCUCAUGGAAACUCUCAACUUGACAGAACCUCAUUAUGUUCGCUGUGUGAAGCCAAACUCCUUAAAUCGACCACAGAAGUUUGAGAAAUUGAGCAUAUUGCAUCAACUGCGGUGUGGGGGUGUUCUAGAGGCUGUUCGCAUUAGUUUGGCUGGUUAUCCAACUCGAAGGUCUUAUGCCGAGUUUGUAGAUCGUUUUGGUCUGCUAGCUCCUGAACUUAUGGAUGGGAGCUAUGAUGAAAAAGUGAUAGCCGAAAAGAUCUUGCGUAAACUGAAGCUUGAUAAUUUUCAGCUUGGGAAAAACAAGGUGUUUCUUAGGGCAGGUCAGAUUGGAAUUUUGGAUUCUCGACGAGCUGAGGUUCUGGACAGUGCUGCCAAACGUAUUCAGCGUCGACUUCAGACAUUUAUCACUCGGAGAAACUUUAAAUCAACCAGAGCUGCUGCAUCUGUUCUACAAACUUACUGCAGAGGAUGCCUUGCGCGAAAGAUUUAUGAAGUGAAACGGAAGACAGCAGCUGCUGUUGUAAUGCAGAAGUAUGUCAGAGGAUGGCUGUUAAGGAGUGCUUAUGUGAAGUUACGCACAGCUGCAAUUACGUUGCAGUCAAGUAUCCACGGUUUUACAAGACGCCAGAAAUAUUUGUAUGUAAAGAGACACAGGGCAGCCACUCAUAUUCAGGCUCGAUGGAGAAUGCGCAAGUACCGCUUGGCUUUCAAGAAUCGUCAAGCUUCUAUCAUUGCAAUACAAUGUCUAUGGAGGCGAAAACUUGCGAAAAGAGAGCUCAGAAGGCUUAAGCAGGAGGCUAAUGAAGCGGGUGCCUUGCGUCUAGCUAAGAAUAAGCUAGAGAAGCGGUUAGAAGAUGUUACAUUGCGAUUGCAAUUGGAGAAAAGACUAAGGGCUUCCAAUGAAGAUGCUAAAACAGUGGAAAUUUCCAAACUUCAAAAGACAUUGGAAUCUUUGAUUCUCGAAUUAGAUGCAACUAAGUUGGCAACAAUAAAUGAGUGUAAUAAGAAUGCGGUGCUGCAAAAUCAACUAGAGUUGUCUGUCAAAGAAAAAUCUGCUCUGGAGAGAGAAAUUGUUUCUAAUACUGAGCUGAAGAAGGAAAAUGCCUACUUAAAGAGUUCAAUGGAAAUAUUGGAAAGCAAAAAUGCUGCCUUGGAGCUUGCUCUUUCCAAGGCUCAAAAGGAGAGGAGUGAUGCUAUUGAGAAAUUAAACGAAGUUCAACAGAAGUGUUCUCAGCUGCAGGAGAAUGUGAAAAGCCUUGAGGCAAAGCUUGCCAAUGUGGAGGGUGAAAACCACGUAUUGCGGCAGAAAGCAUUGAAUGGGACUCCAAGAAGCAACAGGGCUGGUUUUUUGAAAUCUAAUUCAGAUAAAUUCUCUGCAGUACUUGCCCUGCAACAAAGUGAGAGGAAAGCAGCUGCAUAUGAAUCACCUACACCUACCAAAAUCCUCGCGUCCUUCUCACAUGGCUUAUCUGAGUCACGAAGACCAAAGUUGACGGCAGAGAAACAUCAGGAGAACUAUGAGUUCCUGUCAAGUUGUAUCAAAGAACACCUAGGGUUUAAAGAUGGUAAGCCACUAGCUGCUUGUGUCAUAUACAACUGUCUUCUUCACUGGCACGCCUUUGAAUCGGAGAGGACAGCCAUUUUUGACUAUAUAAUUGAGGGAAUCAACGAAGUGCUGAAGGUGGGGGACGAAAACAUUACUUUGCCUUACUGGUUAUCGAAUGCGUCAGCACUUCUCUGCCUCUUGCAGAGGAACUUACGAUCUAAUGGAUUUUUCAAUGCAACUUCUCAACGUUCUCCACGGGCUUCUGGGUUGACCCCGAGACUUGUGCAUGGCUUAAAAUCUCCAUUUAAGCAUGUUGGGUUUGAUGAUGGCUUGUCGCAUAUGGAAGCAAGAUAUCCGGCAAUACUUUUUAAACAGCAGUUGACUGCUUGUGUUGAGAAGAUUUUUGGUUUGAUUCGUGACAAUUUGAAGAAAGAAUUAUCACAACUGCUGAAUUCUUGCAUUCAGGCACCAAAAGCGCGACACGCUGGUAAAUCAUCAAGAUCUCCCGGUAACGCUUCGCAGCAAAUGCUUGGUUCUCAAUGGGAAAGCAUUGUUAAAUUUUUGGAUUCUCUCAUGAGCCGUCUCCGUGGAAAUCAUGUGCCCUCCUUUUUUAUCCGUAAGCUCGUCACCCAAGUGUUCUCCUUUAUCAACAUACAGCUUUUCAACAGUCUUCUCUUGCGACGUGAAUGUUGCACAUUUUCAAAUGGUGAGUACGUGAAAUCCGGUCUGGCUGAACUGGAGAAAUGGAUAGUCAAUGCAAAAGAUGAGUACGCGGGGACCUCUUGGCAUGAACUCAAAUAUAUCAGACAAGCUGUUGGUUUUCUGGUGAUACACCAGAAGAGGAAGAAGUCUCUAGAAGAAAUCAAGCAGGAUCUUUGUCCGGCAUUGACUGUGAGACAAAUAUAUCGAAUCAGUACAAUGUAUUUCGAUGAUAAAUACGGCACACAGAGCGUGUCAAACGAUGUGGUUGCUCAAAUGAGAGAGAUGGUGGACAAGGACAAUCACAAUAUGCCUUCGAAUUCAUUCUUGUUGGAUGAUGAUCUAAGUAUCCCCUUCUCAACUGAAGACAUAGACAUGGCAAUUCCUCCAAUUGAUCCUUCAGACAUCGCACUUCCCCCUUUCCUCUCCGACCAUCCUUGUGCACGGUUUCUCCUACAGCAUCAGAAGUAGAUAAUCGGCUACAUCAUAAUCGAACCAUACUUCCUGUAGAUCCUGCAGUAGGUGUAGAAAAACCGAGCCUUCUUGGCUCUGCAAAGAACUCAUGCCCCUUCUUAUCGUAGAUGGAAUCCUUUCAAUUGGCGGAGGGAUCAGAUGCAUUGGGAUAUGAGGAGAACGCCUGUUGUCGAGUCAAAUUAGUACAGAUAGAUCCCCCUAACUAAUUUUUAGGAUUUGGAGGUGUAAAAUGUGAUUUGUUAGGGUUGGGGGAGGGGGAUUUAGGCAUUAAAAUUUGUUGUAAUUGGACGAGGGUACUUAAGCUUUACGUGAAGGCUUUUCCUUUCAACUGUGUACAUACAUAGGACUCUCCGUAGGUUAUAUGUUCUUUAGUCCCACUAGUUUCCUGUAGGUGUACAUUUGGUGAGUAGCCCAACUGAAUAUUCGAAAACCCGAGGAAAAAAAAAAUGAAAUCAAUUAUCUUUGGCUCCGUUCGACAUGUCUCGAAUUUGAGACUUGUAAAGCUUUGUUCUUUUGAA